AUGAAGGCUUUUCCAGAUGUUGACGAUCGUGGCCACGUGAUGGUAUUGGUGGCCUUGGGCAGGUUUGCCUCCUCAGCAUCACCCGUGGACUUGUACUUCCAAGGUAUUAGGUAUCUUCCAUCGAGCACCUUGUAA